AUGGGUUCAGUUUCGGAAUUUCCCCGCAUUAAGGAGAUCCGCACCUUCGUCAUUGACGGUGUCGGCUCCGGUGGUGACUACCACAAUGUCAAGGGAGGCCACUGGCUGAUUGACAGCAACAUCUCCACCCCCAUGACCAAGUGGGCCGAGUACCGCGGCUCGCGUACUUCUUGGGGUAUUAAUGUUUUGGGAUCUUUCUGUGUUGAGAUUGAGGCUACAGAUGGAACCAAGGGCUUUGCUACUGGCUUUGGUGGUCCCCCUGCUUGCUGGCUGGUUCACCAGCACUUUGAGCGCUUCCUAAUCGGCGAAGAUCCCCGUGAUACCAACAACCUGUUUGAGAAGAUGUACCGCGCUUCCAUGUUCUACGGACGUAAGGGUCUGCCAGUGGCUGCAAUCUCCGUCGUUGAUCUUGCCCUUUGGGACUUGAUUGGCAAGAUUCGCAAGGAGCCUGUUUACAAGAUGAUCGGUGGUGCGACUCGGGAGCGCUUGAACUUCUACUGCACUGGACCCCAGCCUGGUGUUGCCAAGGAAGCGGGAUUUAUUGGCGCCAAGGUGGCUCUGCCUCACGGACCGGACGAGGGAACUGAGGGUCUGCUGAAGAACGUCGAGUACCUUCGUCAAAUGCGCGCCAGCGUUGGACCUGACUUCCCUCUGCGCGUCGACUGCUACAUGUCUCUUACUGUCUCUUACACUAUUCAGCUGGUCAAGCGUUGUGAAGCUGAGGGAUUGGACAUUGACUGGUGGGAGGAGUGCCUCGCGCCCGAUGAUUUCGAUGGCCAUGCAUUGCUUAAGCGUGCCCACCCCACUGUCAAGUUCACUACUGGAGAGCACGAGUUCUCCCGCUACGGCUUCCGCAAGCUUGUCGAGGGCCGCAAUCUGGACAUUAUCCAGCCUGAUGUCAUGUGGCUUGGCGGUCUGACCGAGUUGCUCAAGGUCUCUGCUCUUGCUGCUGCUUAUGAUAUCCCCGUUGUGCCCCAUGCCUCGGGUCCUUACUCCUACCACUUCGUGGUCUCUCAAUCCAACUGCCCCUUCCAAGAAUAUCUGGCUAACUCUCCCGAUGGAAAGUCCGUCCUGCCCGUGUUUGGCAAUCUUUUCUUGAACGAGCCCAUCCCUACCCAAGGAUUCCUCGAUGUAUCCAUCCUGGAUAAGCCUGGUUUCGGUCUUGAGCUCAACCCCAACGCCCCGUUGAUCUCAGGCCUGAGCCUCUUGAAUCCCGCUCCCCAGAAGGGCCUUCCCGCUCCUGAUAACGAGCACCUUGCCAAUGGCACUGCCUAG